UCAUUGUGCUGAUGAUCCGAAGAAACCCAAGAAUCGGCGGAGAGCUCGGUGGUCCCAAGAAAGCCAAAAUCGUUACCUCAAUCUUCUUCUUCUCCCUGUGGAUCGUGUACCUGCUGAUCAGCAGCUUGGAGGCGUACGGCAUCAUCAAGGGUUUCUAAAUUGUGUCCAAACUGAAUACCAAAAACAAACAACCGCAAACUAGAGAGUAGAAGAAAGUAACAAAGGAAAUAGUAGACGCAAAGGAACAAAUUUGCAAGAAGAAAUACAAAACAACAAAUGUUGCACCACACACGAUAAGCAGUGUCGAUGUAGAAAUUAUAGAAAAGAAAACAGAAAAAAAACAAAAGUCACAAACUGCUGCCACCAAAUGAAGAUAGAAAACGGAACAAAGUGGAAGGUAAUAUCCAUUAAGCAAUGUUUCGCUAUCGCAAUCGCCAUCAAGACACUUGAACAAGCAAGAAGUAGAACAACAAGCAACUACAAAAAAGUAUCAACACGAAUGCGAAAAAAGAGCAGCAAAAAACACAUGAAGACAAUUUUAAGGUAACCUCCCAUUAUCCCUUUUCCUAUCGACCUCUAUCUUCUAUUACUAGCUAUUCUAUCAUACAUACAAACACACACACACACAGAUCGCUAAAUCAGUUUUGCCUGAUUUGCGUGUUGCGAUCGUUGUUACGCUGCCAUUUUUAUCAUUUAUAUAACGUUUUCUUUUAACACUGUCUGUACCGUGCUUUCCAUUCGUUCGUUUAUGUUUUACUUGUUAAGUUUUGUUUUUUUUUUUGUUUUCUUUAAUUCGCUACGAAUUUGCAAAUGUAUCCUCUACCAACCAGCUACCAACGGGUAGACGUGUCGCCUUAGGUUCUUAUUUGUAAAUGUAAUUUAAACCGUAAGCGAGAGAGCGCGCGAUUUGUAGGAGAGAAAGCAACAGCAAAGCGAAAGUGUUAGAAACAUAUUUAAUAGUUACAAAACCCGUUAUAACGAGCUAGCAUUAAGAAAUAGAGCAAGAACGGCAGAGAGAGAGAGGAAAACAAAAGAAAACUAUUUAAAAAAGGACGGUGCACGGUGGAACGUUGUAUCAGCAUCAACUGAUUGUUAGCAAAGAAAAUUCAAAAUAGAAGAAAACAAAUCGAGAAAACAGUGGAAGUAGAAGACAAAAAGCAACAAAAAGGGAAAGAGAAAACCAAAACGGAAACCGUGAGCAAAAACUCAACUACUACCACGAAACAUACAAUAUGCCAAAUUUGUUGAAACUUAUAGUAGUUUAGAGAUUAUAUAUAUAUACAUAGAUGUAUAGGUGCGGCAAACACGCAACGGCCGAAGGUUCUAGUUUGUGUGUAGACACAAGCCCACAUAGCAAUGCCGGUACGUUUUGCUUUCGUGUUACCAUUUAUUUCACAACGACGUUACACCGUCAUGGAUGCCUCCCCAGCGUGUGGGAGGCUAGGGCUAAGGGUGGGGAAAGUGGGCAGAGAGCAAGAGGGUUCACAGGAAGAUAUUACUUUUUAGAGGUACAUUUACUUAGUAGGAUCCAUUCGGAUCGGCGGCAGGCGGCGUUUUGUGCGUUUUGCUAAGCCAGCAGCAACUGUUACGAACACUUCCCGUACAACGAUCGUACGUGGCACAAAGACAACAGCGUGAAUAACACCGUGGCGGGACUAGGCUUUACGUUUGAUUCAACUUGCGAAAUGCAUCACCCUUUAUGCUCCUCUGCAGGGUCAACAAACCAAAAUCGCCUCACAACCAUUCUAGUCAGCGGUUGGCGUUUGAUGUAGAGCGAAACAGGGAAACGGGGUGGACUGCGGGGUUUACUGCAGAAGCAGGGCGAGGAUCUGCCAUCUAGCAUAAGUCUAGUGCACGAUCACGUCAAACAGAUUUAGAAGAGUGUAAAGCGAACGAAAAUUCAAAACCGAAACACCGAAACAGACAGAAACAAAUCCAACCAAAGAUCGUUCAAGUGUGUUGCUCAAGUUUAGUUGUUGCAAGAGAUUGUAGCUUAUUUGUACAUAUGAUAUUUUAUGUAGGAACAGCGGAAGGGUCGAACGCGAUAUAGGAAAGGAAAAACAACCAAAAACACCAACAAUCGCCAUCCGUGAAAAGCGUCAGCGUAGAAUCAGAUGCAGACAAUCAGUUUGAUGGGUUUCAUUGAGCACUUUUCAUCAUCGCUCAGCUUUCCAGCAUUGUUUUUCUCUACUAUUUGUGCACUUCCAACUGCAAGUUUUUUUUUGUUUUUCCUUAUUUUCAAAAAAAAAAAACAUUUAACACCCAUAAGACCUGUGGGUCUCCUAUCUCCAAGACUGUCACUUGACAAAAAAAGAAAAAAAUGAUCGCUACUGCCAGCUGGAAUUUUAGGGAGAAACCAGAAGCUCGUUGUGGUGUGCUAAUGCAAACGAAAAACUAAACACGCAGCGAUUUAAAACGUAGUGUGUAGAGACUCGUCGAGUGGAAACCAAAACAAAAAACGAUCGACCAAACGGGCAUUAAGCGUACAGUGUGCGAGGUGUGAAGCAUAUCGCUCCAGCUGCAUAGUGGACCAGCAUAAACAGGGCGGGGUGGUAUCGGUCUAGAAAACCUACCACCAAAGUCACCCAUUAAUUAACGUACACAUCCACACAAAUUGGGUCCAAAAACUAACCGGGAUAGAUAGAUAGGCGACAAGCCCAUACGGAGCGUAACCUUGCAACGAUUUUCCUAGGAAAUCGGUAUGCCCCUUUGAGCGAAAGCUUGUAUCGCAACUCACACUGUUGCACGGCUUCCCUUUCACUAGUUAGCUAUACGUCACGUACACUUUCUACUACCUUCCUCUUCCUUCUUCUAUUACCUACUUGCUUCGUUCAAUUAGACUUACAGUACGUUAUUGGUUUAAGGGAGAAACAAACAUUACUCCAAAAACAAAUGCGAAACCUUCAUAAAGACGCCGGUACGGUUUGUUUUAGAAAAAGAAAGUACUUUUAAUACUCAUACGAAUGAUGAUACUAACAUCCUCCUUCCUUUUUUUAUGCUGGAAGGCACAUGCAGACAGCAACGAAACAUGGUUUUGUUGCAAAGAAAUCGUAAAAGGCCAGGCGCCUCCAUUGCAUCCUUCCACUCGUGCGAAGGGCCGUUUAAAAAGCAAUACCUAGUACCACCACCUCCACCACUACUACCACCAUAACCACCAUUAUCACCACUACCACCAUAAAUAGCAAGGAAAAACAAAAACGACCCCGUACCAUAAAAAAAAACGCAACCAUUCUUCCAUUUCGAAACUGCAUACAACUUAAGAAUUUACUUAGAACUCUAAAUACCGCAUAAGUAAGUCUCGUUUUAGGGUAUUUAAAUUGUAGCGUAGUAAGCGCGUAAGCCGACCGGCCACCCGCAAUCGCAAUGCCUGUGAGAGCGAUGAGCGGGAAUGUGUUGUUUUUUUUUUUUUCUUUUGUAGUUUAUAGAAAUACAUUAGGCGCACGUUGCGAAUUCGAGAAGCGAACCAAUUGGUUUUCUUUUGUUUUCAUUUUUGUUAGGUAAUUUUUUCGUACCGAAAAUUACAACAGCCUUACCACAGCCCCAAAAACAGAUCUUAGUGUCCCAAUUUGAUUUUUUUGGAACAACCAAACACACACACGGACAACAGUAAGCGACCACUCGUACGUUGAAUUAUGAAAUUUACUGUGUGCACAACAGCACAACGGUCACGAUGGAGCCCAUCAUAGUGACAGGCGAGAGUGGUUUAAGACCAUAGAAAAUCAGUGGAGCAAAAGCAAUGCAUUACAGAGCAACAAAUAAAGCUAACGAACGAGUCGAUUUCCGUUCCAUUCGGGUGCCAUUGUUUGUGUAUGGGAAAUGGAAAACUUUACGCUGGAUGAAGCGAAGGAAAGAAACUUGCGAUGAGGGUGGCGGUUGGGAUUGUACCUAACCGUGUGUGUUUUUUUUUUUUUGUUGUGUGAGUGUGUUUGUGUCUUGUGUGUGUUUUAACAUAAAACAUCCAAACACGACGACAAAAGACGAAUCGGUCAAGAUAGGGCGUUACUAAUAAAGCUCGAUUGGCCAGUUAGGGAGGAAAUGUAAAGCAAGCAAUGCAACAAUCCAUUCUCGUGUGUACGGGUGAGAGUGACCGUGUUGAGUCUCGUGUUGAGCGGAACCGGAUCAAAGGUUCUUGAGGCAUCAAGUGGUACGAGACUAGAAUCCGGAUUGAACCUAAGAUAGAGAAGUAGAUGCCAUCAGCAAUCGGGUGAUAAUUGCACCCCUCGGUAUGAUUUACUGUUCGUACGGAUAUAAAUGUAAGUAAAUGUUGGGUCUCGUGUGUUUGUUGGUGUGUUUAUAAGAAAGAUCAAUUAAGAAAAGCCACAUUUGCCAAGAGGAUUGCGCUUACCCCUCCAGUAGCUAAAUCGGAUCGGUGAAACAAAAACAACGACACACAAGGGCAUUAGUGUGAGUGUACCUACCGAUAGCAUAGCAAAUCGACGUCAAUAGGUUUAAGCGACGAAAAACAAACCAAUCCAAUGUUUUCUCCCCUUACCCAAUCCCGCUCAUUUUACGGCUUCAUAACGUUUUUAGCCAUAUCAAACAAAUUAGACUCACGGUGUACUUUGCUGGUGUUGUACGGGCGCGAUCGCACAUAAUAAAUAGCAAAUGAAAAAGAGCAAGAGAAGCUGCGAUAGUUAAAAGAAAAUGUCCUCUCGAAACUGCAUCACGUAUAUACAAAUCUACAUCUAUAACUUCCAUUGUACUAGUAACUAAUUGAUGUGAAAAGUGUCUAAAGCAACAAACAUUAGGAUCACAGAAAUCACUUAAAAGAAAAGACAAAAUUAAUAAAUCGGAUGUUCGUGGCAGGAACGAAGCGAAAAUCGAUUACUCUAAAACACUCUAAACUCUUCUUACAUCUUUGUACUUUGCUAUACCUAUAUACAUCUAGAUAUUUACCUUUCGGCCAACUUUCGAAUCAAAACUUACCCUUUAUAUCAACGUACACGUUAGGCAAAACUUUCAUCGUGCAGACCAAUUAAGAGAAGCGAAGGAACAAAAAACAAGCUAAAGUGAACGAGGAACAAAAAGACAUAAAC